AGCUGUGGACGUAUUAUAAUGAUUCACAAUUCAGUAUGAACUUCUUGGUUGUUCUGUUGUUUGUUGGUACGGUAUGGGGGUAUCCUAGGUUUCAGAACGAGAUUCCUAAUGGCGGGGAAGUUCCACAUCCGUGUAAGAUCAAUUUCGUCUGGAGGGGCGUUGGACAUCUGAACCCACUCGGAGGAGGUGAUAGAAAUCCUUUCGGCCUAGACUUUGCGAAAGCCGGAAGAACAUGGAACAAAUCGCUUUGCAUGAUGGAUUCGGACGGGGACGGGAAGACUAACGGGGAGGAGUUGGGAGACCCGGACUGUGUGUGGACCAAAGGGAGUACUCCAGCUGUCACUGUCGGCAUCAGCCACCCUGGGGUUUGUACCCCUUACUCCGAUCCCGCCUGCCAGGUGGCCAAUUCGUGGAUUGACUGUGAUGUCGGGGAGCUCCAAUGUGACGCUCUAAAUGAAGAUGGUAUGCAGAACAUAACAAUCCGGUUUCCUGAGACGGUGGUGCCCCCUACUGAGACAAACUAUUAUUGUAUGUUGUUUGAACUACCGACAGAUCGUGACUAUCACAUGGUAGCUACUACUCCCUACAUCGACAAUAAGGAGGUCAUGCAUCACAUACUUAUGUUUGGGUGUGAUGAAACGAACGAAGAGAUCACAGACACGACCUUGAACUUACCACAGCAUUGUGGCAUGGCAGCCCAUCGACAGUGCACGACCCUUAUAGGUCUAUGGGCAGUGGGGUUCAGCGGCGAGUGUGUCCACAAAGACAUUGGCUUUAGAAUAGGACAGAAUGGUUACAGAAAAGCGGCCUUCCAGUUUCACUGGAACAACCCUUUGCUUCGCUCUGACUUCACAGACAGUUCCGGUAUGACACUAUACUACACUGCCAACCGCCGCGUGCACGAUGCAAACAUUCUGAUGAUUGGCCAGAAUUACAUUGCUAUCCCGCCUGGACAGGAGGCAUACACAGUUGAGGGCACGUGCACAAAAGACUGUACGUCGAAGAAGUUAUCAGACACGGUCUACGUUACAAGAGCGCUUAACCACAUGCAUUACAUGGGACGUCAGCAGAGAAUUGAGCAGUUUAGGGACGGCGUUAAACUACGGGACCUGUCGUAUGAUGAACUGUAUAGUUAUGACAGUCCAGUUCUCCAUGAAUUUCGGGAUCCCAUUGAAUUGCGACCAGGGGAUGAACUAAAGACCACAUGCACCUACCGAUCUAUUGGGAAGGACAGGACGACAUUCGAAGGAGACGGUACUUCAGAUGAAAUGUGUCUCGGUUUUCUUACCUUCCACCCAGCUCAAAACAUCCAGCUUCCUUACUGCACUGCUUGGAAAGGCAUCGACUUAUGCAAAAUGCAUACUUUCAAGAAAGAUUUCCCUGUUGUUGAUGGCUGCAACGUUCACAACUUCCAGAACGAUACCCACCCUGAUACUAUACGCUUUUCCACCGAACUGUAUUCUCGCUGUCAAGCGUUUGGACCAUGUAUAAAGGAAUGCAAAGAUUUCCUGAUGGAAGAGCGACGCCGUAACAAUUGCAUCCAAGGAGAUAUUGCGCAAAUGUUUCGGCGAUAUGCUAAAGAUUCAAAAGAUUACAUGGAAUUUUGGGCAUUAAUCGAUUCCUGUAACGCUGAAAUUGCACUGGACUCAGUUCAAUGUGGGGAGUGCAGGUGUGCAAACUCUAGUAGAGUUUGUUCCGACGGAGGUGUUGAUGGUAUAGAGGCAUCCACGCCUGUCGUCUGUUUCUCUCUUCUCAUCUAUAUGUCUAUGAUGUUUAAUUAGUGGUGUGUGAACAACAAUAUCAAUAGUUCGUGAAUCUUGUGUGUUGACAGUUAUCAGUUAGUAUCUGCAAUGUGUAAUCAACUGGUUAUUUGGGGUUUUCUCUCUCUUAUGAUUUCCAAAUUUUCUUGUCCUCAGUAUAUUGAGCUGUGUUGAUGGCUAGUUGUCGACUCCUGUGUUAAAUAGCAUUCAAUCUAUAAUAAAUGUUCAAUAAGAUGC